AUAUUGGGGACAACAUGCUGACUGAUACCUUCCCAUAAUGGUUGGGAAAUCUCUCUGAAUUGCGUGUUCUUGUCAUGAGAUCUAACCACUUUCGGGGUCCCAUUGUACAACUCUCCCAUGUUGAUUCUCCCUUUCCAGACCUACAUGUUUUUGACAUCUCUAGAAAUGCUUUUACAGGGAACUUACCAUUGCAAUCUAUUCUUCAUUGGAAGGCGAUGAUGAAUGAUGAGGACAGUUCCCAAUUGAAAUAUCUCGAUUUUCAAUAUACUUUGCGCUAUUACUAUCGAGACACAAUUGUUAUUGUGUACAAGGGAACAUACUUGGAGAUGGGAAGUAUAGUAACCACCUUCACCACUAUAGAUUUAUCCAACAACAGAUUCAAUGGAGGAAUUCCAGAUGCAAUGGGUGACCUAAAAUCACUCAUGUUGCUCAACUUGUCAGGAAAUAGUCUCACGGGUCAAAUUCAAUCUUCAUUGGAAAAUCUAAGACAACUUGAGGCAUUGGAUCUUUCAAGAAACAAUCUCUCAGGACGAAUCCCGAACGAACUGACAAGUUUGACAUUCCUUUCAAUCUUGAAUCUAUCUCAUAACAACUUCACUGGGAAUAUACCGCAAGACAACCAAUUUGACACAUUUUCAAACACUUCGUAUGAAGGUAACCUAGGAUUAUGUGGUUUCCCGUUGUCAAGGAAGUGUGGAAUCAUAGAUAUGGAAUUACCUCCAAUCUUGACAUUACAAUAAGAAGAAGAUUCAACGUGUUUGCUUGAUUGGAAAUUUGCCAUAGCUGGAUAUUGCUCUGGUUUAAUAAUUGGAUUGGUCAUAGGACAACAAUUGUUUUGGAGAAACAAUAGAUGCAUCAACUUUUGUUGGAAAAUUAGAGGAUCCAAGAAAAGAAAAGGGUUAAAGAGGAAACACCACAGCAAAGGGAAAUGAAUCAAUGUUAAGCAUCGGAAUAAGUGAGAUUUUAGUAUUAUGUCAUAAUAAAGUGUAUCCUCUUU